UAUAUUUUUUAUUUGAUAAUGGUCUGUAAAAUUAAUGCAAAUUUUUUGUUUUGAAAAAAAAUAAAUAAAAAAGCUAUUGAAAAUUUCUUAAUUGUUUUCUAAAUAUUGGUUGUAUUUAAUGGCUUUUUAAUUACUUCAACCCCUUCCACAUCUUAUUUUUUCUUUGCAUGUUGUAAGUAUAUAAAGCGAUUUAAAAAAGAACAAUUCAAUUCUGUAAAGAUCAGGUUCAUAAAGUUUUUUUAAAAGCAAAUUGGAUGCUUAGAUCGGGGCUUCUUACAGGCCAUGAAACUGGACCAUUGCGUUCAAUCCAUUUAUCACCAAAUUUGUUAGUUAGCCAAAAAAUCAUCUCGUAAGGUAAUUUAGGGUGAUGGCACCAAAUUUAAAAGACGUUGAGCUUUCCAACUCGGAAGAUCCGAUGAAAGCAGUAGAGUACAGAGGAAGACCUGUGGACCCAGCCAAACCUAAACUUAUAAAUAGCCAACCUAGCCAACCUCAGUACCAAUGGGAAAUAGUAUGGAGAAAUGUUAUUUUAUUCCUAUAUUUGCAUCCCUUUGCAAUAUACGGGUUGUAUUUAUUGGUUACAGCGUGUAAAAUUAAAACAAUAUGCUGGGUUCUACCUCUAAUAUUUCUCGCUGGACAGGGUAUUACUUCGGGAGCACAUAGAUUAUGGUCUCACAGAGCAUACAAAGCGCGUCUACCUUUACGAAUAUUUCUUUGUAUUCUGCAAACCAUGUCCGUUCAAACCCCCAUAUACGAUUGGGCGAGAGACCACAGGGUGCACCACAAGUUUACCGACACAGACGCUGACCCACAUAACGCCAAAAGAGGAUUCUUCUUCUCCCACAUGGGCUGGUUGAUGAUAAAAAAGCACAAGGAUGUUGCCACGAAAGGAAAAACUAUCGACUUGAGCGAUUUGGAGGCAGACCCAGUCGUUAUGUUCCAAAAAAAGUAUUACUUGAUUUUGAUGCCCAUUGCCUUUCUGAUACCAACAGCCGUUCCAUGGUAUUUCUGGGGUGAAACGUUGUGGAAUUCAUGGCAUGCUGCAGGAAUUUUUCGCUAUACACUUCUAAUAAAUGGAACAUGGUCGGUGAAUAGUGUUGCUCACAUUUGGGGAAUGAGACCUUAUGAUAAGAACAUAAAACCGACCGAAAACUACUUUGUAGCUUUUAUGACUUUUGGAGAAGGUUGGCACAACUACCACCACGCUUUUCCUUGGGACUACAAAGCGGCGGAACUGGGAAACUACGGACUCAACUGGUCCACAGGCUUCAUAGAUCUAAUGGAUAAAAUAGGAUGGGCUUACGACCUAAAAACGGCUUCCCUCGAUACCAUAAAAAGAAGAAUCAAGAGGAGUGGGGAUGGGACCAUCAAAGUUAAAGAAGAUGUCGAUGCUCAUGGUCAUGAGCAUGGGGAUAGUAUAUGGGGAUGGGGGGAUGAAGAUAUGAAGGAGGAAGAUAAGGAAGAUCUUAGGGUUUUCAACAAGUUAAACACUGCUGAUAUGGCACCAAAUUUAGCAGACUUGGUGCUAUCCAACUCGGAGGAUCCGGUGAAACCAGUAGAAUACAGAGGAAGACCUGUGGACCCACCCAAACCUAAACUUAUAAAUAGCCAACCUAGCCAGCCUCAGUACCAAUGGGAAAUAGUAUGGAGAAAUGUUAUUUUAUUCCUAUAUUUGCAUCCCUUUGCAAUAUACGGGUUGUAUUUAUUGGUUACAGCGUGUAAAAUUAAAACAAUAUAUUGGGUUCUAGCUCUAGUAUUUCUCGCUGGACAGGGUAUAACUUCGGGAGCACAUAGAUUAUGGUCUCACAGAGCAUACAAAGCGCGUCUACCUUUACGAAUAUUUCUUUGUAUUCUGCAAACCAUGUCCGUUCAAACCCCCAUAUACGAUUGGGCGAGAGACCACAGGGUGCACCACAAGUUUACCGACACAGACGCUGACCCACAUAACGCCAAAAGAGGAUUCUUCUUCUCCCACAUGGGCUGGUUGAUGAUAAAAAAGCACAAGGAUGUUUCCACGAAAGGAAAAACUAUCGACUUGAGCGAUUUGGAGGCAGACCCAGUCGUUAUGUUCCAAAAAAAGUAUUACUUGUUUUUGAUGCCCUUUGCCUUUCUGAUACCAGCAGCUGUCCCAUGGUAUUUCUGGGGUGAAACAUUGUGGAAUUCAUGGCACACUGCAGGGAUUUUGCGCUAUACUUAUUCAUUAAAUGGAACAUGGUUGGUGAAUAGUGCCGCUCACAUAUGGGGAAUGAGACCUUAUGAUAACAUUUAUCGCUUUUGGAGAAGGUUGGCACAAUUACCACCACGCUUUUCCUUGGGACUACAAAACGGCGGAACUAUAGUUCCGCCGUUUUGUAGUCCCAAGGAAAAGCGUGGUGGAAACUACAGACUCAACUGGUCCACAGGCUUCAUAGAUCUAAUGGCUAAAAUAGGAUGGGCUUACGACCUAAAAACGGCCUCCCUCGAUAUUGUAAAGAAAAGAAUCAAGAGGACUGGAGAUGGGAUGAUUCAAGUUAAAGAAGAUAUUGAUACGGUUGGUCAUGAGCAUGAGGAUUGUAUAUGGGGAUGGGGGGAUGAAGAUAUGAAGGAGGAAGAUAAGGAGGAUCUUAGGGUUUUCAAUAAGUUAAAUACUAAAUAAAAUUUUUUGGAAAAACAAAUAUUUACUAUUUUAUUUUACACCAGAACACACCAUACCAAAUUAUUUAGCUACAUUGAGAGCAAGUUUGGAAGUUAAUUACGCAGUUGUUGAUAUUAGAAA